AUGGUUGAGAAAAAGAGGAUUAAAAGAGGAAUAGAAGAAGUGUUGGUCCAGUUAGAUGCGGAUGAGACAAAUGAAAUUGAGGAAAUAAGUCGAAUUCGAAGCGGAAAGAGACUUGCUGAGACAUCUUCAAUGGCUGUCAAGAGGACUAAAGGAUCAUUGGAUUUAGUUUUUAAUAAGACUAAGGACAAAAGCCUCAAUGAUGCUUGUGAUAAAGAAGCGAGGGCAAGAACCGUGCAAUAUAUUGCUCGCUUUGUUUAUACAUGUGGAAUUGCUUUUAAUGUAGCAAACGCAAAAGCCUUUAAGUUGAUGUUGGAAGCCGUUGGAAGUUAUGGUCCUCAUUUGAAACUGCCAAGUUUUCAUGAACUUAGGGUUCCACUCCUUCAAAAGGAGUUGGAAUAUACAAAAGAUUUGUUGAAGAAUCACAAGGUUCAAAAGAAUAAAUAUGGAUGUUCAAUUAUGUCAGAUGGUUGGACGGAUAGAAAAGGUAGAACCUUGAUAAAUUUCUUGGCCAAUUGUCCGGCGGGAACCAUGUUUGUGAAAAGUGUGGAUGCUUCUAACUAUGCUAAGACGGGGGAUAAGCUGGCUGAGUUGUUGGACACUUUUGUUGAGGAAAUGGGUGAACAAAAUGUUGUUCAAUUGAUUACUGACAAUGGAAGUAAUUAUGUAGCGGCGGGUAAAAUAUUAACUUCAAAAAGGCCAAACAUGUUUUAG